AUGUCCCACCACAUGCAGCUGGAAUUUAAUGAGAGCCUUCUCCCAAGAACUAUGACAUGUAACCACCACCUUAUUGCUGUUGCCCUACCAAUGCUCUAUGAUGACAUGGAUGAGAUGGAUUUACCUUACCUGGUCUACCUGAGAUCCAGCUUCCAAUCUUGCAUUGGGACUCUUAUUCAUCCUCAGUGGAUAGUGACAGCUGCUCAUUGCUACUUACCGUACCUCAAAAUCAUCUGGCAGGAUUAUACCUUCAAUGACCAGCAGCCAACUGAGCAAGAGCUACCUUAUGAAAAGGUCAUCAGUCACCCAAAUUUCACUUCCAUUUCUUCUGAACAUGAUAUCAUGCUGAUCAAGCUGGCCACAUCCAUUCAAUUAACAAAAAAGUUUCAAAGUGAAGUCUCAGCUUCUCCAGCCAUAUGUGGUGGAUUCUUACAGGGUAUUUUGUCCUGGACUGAUGGGUGUAUCCUGGUUGGGGAUGUUGGCAUCUUCACCAAGGUCUACAACUAUGUCCCCUGGAUCGAGAAGAUUAUCUCUACACACUGA